CGAAGAAGAAGACGCGCCAGCGGACUAAUGGAGGACUGUCCUGUCUGCUCAGGCUGAUGCUGUCUCUAUUUCUACUUUAAUAACUGUGACAAAGAGGGAAACCCACGAUUAACAAACCCCUGAUUGUCUAGUGGAGGUCAAUGUAACGGUCUCAAGAUGUCCAACGACACGCUGGUCCAAGACAUGGGACCCAGGUUAAUGACUUUCACCCCCUCCAAAGAGGAGUUCAAGGACUUCAGCCGCUACAUUGCUUAUAUGGAGUCACAAGGGGCGCAUAAAGCUGGAAUGGUGAAAGUCAUUCCACCUAAAGGCUGGAAACCAAGACGGUCAUAUGAUGAUAUCGAUGACCUGGUUAUUCCCGCUCCAAUUCAGCAGGUGGUGACUGGCCAAUCAGGACUGUUCACACAGUACAACAUCCAGAAGAAGCCAAUGACUGUCCAUGAGUUCCGUAAGACCUCCAACAUGGACAAGUUCUGCAGUCCAAGAUAUGUGGAUUUUGAUGAGCUAGAGAGAAAGUUUUGGAAGAACCUGACCUUUAACCCACCUCUCUAUGGGGCUGAUGUCAAUGGAACGCUGUAUGAUUCAGAUGUGACUGAGUGGAACAUAGGUCAUCUCAAUACCAUUCUUGACACUGUUGAAAAUGAGAGCGGGAUCAAGAUCAAAGGAGUUAACACACCAUACCUGUAUUUUGGGAUGUGGAAGAGUGCUUUUGCAUGGCACACGGAGGACAUGGAUCUGUACAGCAUCAACUACCUUCACUUUGGAGAGCCAAAGACUUGGUACAUUGUUCCUCCAGAGCAUGGGAAAAGACUGGAACGACUUGCAAAGGGUUUCUUUCCAGGGAAUGCUCAAAGCUGUGAAGCCUUCUUACGUCACAAGAUGACUUUGAUUUCGCCCUCAAUUCUGAAAAAAUAUGGCAUACCAUUUGAGAAGGUAACUCAGGAGGCUGGGCAGUUCAUAGUGACAUUCCCCUUUGGCUACCAUGCUGGCUUCAACCAUGGAUUUAACUGUGCCGAGUCAACCAACUUCGCCACUCAGCGUUGGAUUGAUUAUGGCAAACAGGCAACACUGUGUUCAUGCCGCCAGGACAUGGUUAAGAUCUCCAUGGAUGUCUUUGUACGCAAAUUUCAACCAGACCGUUACAAACUGUGGAAAACAGGAAAAGACAACUCUCCCAUCGACCACUCCAAACCCACACCGGAGGCUUCUCAGUUUCUAAAAAUCAAGAACAAGCCUUCAAAGACUAUUUCUAGUGAAGCUGUAUCUGAGAAGCUAAUUACUCCAGUCCAGGAGGAAAAAAGUUCAAAGCCUCAAAUUGGGACAAAACGUGUGCUUGAAGCAUCUGAAGACCCUGAGGACUUAAAACCUGAGCAAACCAUAAAGGAAACUGUGAAGGUGGAGCCAAAGACAGCCAAGCUGAUUGAUAAGAACACUCCAACCCAAGACCAAGACCACCCAGAUAAAGAUACAAUAAGAGACAUACUGAAGUCAAAGAUUGACAAAGAAAAGAGACUGCAGACUAAAUCUCAGUUAAAAGCCAGCACAAACAAAAGUUUAAACAGACGGAGUCCUUCAAAAAAAGAGAAGAACGGUCUGUCGACUUUACAUGUCUGCCCUUCAAAGACUUCUAAGAAUGCAGAUGUGGCUCCAUCUUCUGAUAAGCCCAUUGAGGAGCCCAAGCUUAGCAGCAGCAGCCAGACACAGACCUUGUUUCAGAGGACGAUGAGUCCUGCAGAUGUGCUGCAUGUUCACAGCUAUGCCAAAGGAGACUAUGGAGAAGGCGAAGCCCCAACCAAGGAAGAGAGGAAUGAGGGCGGUGAUUGUGAGGUGGAGAAAGACAACAAACACACUGGCAAAACACAGGUAAUAGAAGAGGUAGCUGGUAAGAGAGAGCUGAAACCCGAUCUUGGGCAGCUCCCAGGCCACCAUCCUCUCAUAAAGGACAGCAUGAGCGAUGAAGAAGCUCCACAAGAGACCAUACCAGUAGAUGAUGGUGGCAUGGAAGGGGAAAGCUGGGCUAAACCUCUGGCUCACUUAUGGCAAAGUGGACCUCCCAAUUUGAAGAAAGAGAGGGAAUACAACCAACGCAUGGGCUCUAAACCUCCAUACUGCUCCAUCUGCAUGCUGUUCUACACAUACCAGCAGACUGAAUGUGCAAACAGUCAAGAUAGUCCUGUUAAAGUGGCUGGGGGGAGGAUAUGGACCAAACCACUGAUACCGGAGUUUUGUUUCACCACCACCACAGAAGAGGACUCUGAGCGUGAGGAGCAACCUGUCACACCUCAUUUAGAGGAAGAUGGAACCAGUCUUCUCAUCAGCUGCUCUCAGUGCAGUGUCCGGGUCCACACCAGCUGCUAUGGGGUGGAUCCAGCUAGUGUGAAGGAGGACUGGAAAUGUGCUCGUUGCAAAGCUGGUGCAAUGACUGAGAACUGCUGUUUGUGUCCUCUGAGAGGUGGAGCCCUGCAGAAAGCCAAUAACAGCAAGUGGGUCCAUGUACUGUGUGCUUUGGCUGUGCUGGAGGCACGCUUUGUCAACAUCAGUGAAAGAAGUCCUGUGGAUUUAAGUGCUAUCCCUUUGCAGAGGUUUAAACUGAAAUGUUACUUCUGUAAGAAGAGGAUAAAGAAAGCAUCAGGCUGCUGUGUGCAGUGCUCUCAUGGCCGCUGUCCAACCGCCUACCAUCCCACGUGUGCCCAGGCUGCCAGAGUACUCAUGCAGCCAGAUGAAUGGCCCUUUGUGGUCCAUGUUACCUGCUGUAGACACAAAGGCCCCAUUCAGAUUGAACGCAAUAAAGCAGCCAUGCACGAAUUAACCGUAGGACAGAAGGUGAUAUGCAAGCACAAGAAUGGUCGCUACUACCAGUGUGAUGUGGUGCAGCUGUCUAAAGAGACGUUCUACGAGGUCAACUUUGACGAUGGUUCCUUCAGCGACAAUCUCUUCCCUGAAGACAUCGUGAGCCGGGACUGCAGUCAGCUCGGACCACCACCACAGGGUGAAGUGGUUCAGGUGAGAUGGACAGACGGCCUGGUGUAUGGAGCCAAAUUUGUGGCAACUCAUGCAGUUCACAUGUACCUGGUGGAAUUUGAGGAUGGUUCCCAGCUAACUGCUAAGAGAGAUGAUGUUUACACUCUGGAUGAGGAACUCCCCAAAAGAGUCAAAUCUCGACUGUCGAAAGCCUCAGACAUGAGAUUUGAUGGGAUCUUUGAGGAGGAAAAGAUCAUCAAAGAGUCAAAGAGACAGAGAGUGAUCAACUCACGCUACAGAGGGGACUACAUAGAGCCUGUGAUUUACAGAGCAAUCAUGGAGUAACCCUUGCCCUCUGACCCACACACCGCCAGCACUGACUGAUGGACUACUGGACUGGAAUAAAUUAAAUUCUAGGAAGCAGCUUUCCAUAGAGAAAGCUAGAGGACUACCUUCAGGGACCCACUUUUGACUUUUCUUUCUGUCCUUUUUUGGUACAUCUGAGUUGUCUGUCCUUGUUAAAGAGAACUGUGUGGAUUAAAUGUAUACAAAGUUAUAUAAUUUUUCAAAAGGGCUCAAAAUAGAGAAUUAGAAUCUGCACCCUCAAGUAGCAUCCUGAUGUUUAACUAGCAUACUGGCAGUAAGGCGCCUUGGAAAACAGUUAGGUUUCGAUGGACUUCAAAAAUAUUUAUUUUAAGUAGGAUUAUCAUUCAUGGUUGGCCUUAUUUAAAAUACAUUUCCCCAUCCUAUUUCCAUCCUCAGAUGGCUGUCAACAUCAGUCUGGUUCUGCUCAAGGUUCCUGCCGAGAAAGGCUGGCCACACAAUACACAACUUUAAACCCAAUUUACGAACAUUUACUGCAAUUAUAAUGCAUGCCAGGACAGCCUGUGGCAAAAGGACAGCAAACCAUGGAUAUCAGUAGUCAUCCAUGUUUAUUUUUACUAGUGAUGCACGACAAUUAUCAACACCGAUGAAUUAUCAGCCGAUAUUGCAAAUAUUUUAUAGCAUUUCAUUAUUCUGAUAACAAAAUAUUAUCAGAUAAAAUCCACAGAUAAUUAAGGCAUUUGUUGAAUUGUACAUGAUCUGUCAUUAAGACCCAGACAAGAUGAAGCCUCUGCUGCACUGAGACCACAGCGUACACUAAACAUACCUUUACCAGUCUUACCUAUGCUCUACUUGACUAGUGUGGAAGUUUUUCAGUGUUUCAGAGGAGGAUAAUCUGAUUGUGUUAGUAAAACAUGUACCACAACAAUCCCAAAGAUUGUUUUUCAGAGAGCAAAAAGGCAAAUCUAUUAAUGAGAAAAUCAGUCUCUCGGUCUCCCAGUCUGCUGCUACUUUAAGAUGUGAUCUGCCUGGUCUGUUUGAUGCGGUUUCAGUCUGAUCAACAACAUCAGUAACAUCAGUUUAACCUCGACAACAACAACAUUUUUAAUUAAUGUCUAAUUCUAUAUUUUUCCCUCCCUUUUUUAACUUACAUUAUUACAUAUCUUGACUAAGUUCUGACUAAAAAUAACAGCUGUCCACUAAACCUCUCAGUAUGUUAAGUAUGACUGUGUGUUAUCAUUUACCUAGAUGUGUUAAAUCUCCAAACAAAUAAGCAACAGGAUUUUAGUUCCAAAAUUUUUAUCUGAGGAAUGCACUGUUUGUUUUAUUUUUACAUGUUUUUAAUAGGGAAACAUUUCUGAUUUGCCCUAUGUCGCCUGAAUUUUUGUUUAGUUGAUUGAAAUGUCAGAACAGUGCACCACUAAAGUAUGUGGUUUCAUAGUUUAUUAUACACUUGGUUUUUCAGAAAUGUUCUAGUUAGAGGUCACAUAUUAUGCAAAAUACACUUUUCCUGGCUUUUCUAACAAAAAUAUGUGCCACUGGCGUGUCCACAAUCCCCUCAAGAAUCAGAAAAAUCCAUUCCUU